GAUAAAACUGCGAGACUUCUUAGGAUGGUAAAUGACAUUGCUUUAUGGGAACUGGACUCUCCUCUAGCAGAGUCUUCAAGCCCACCAAACGUGAUCGUAAUCUCAAAUGACAUCAACACCCAAGGACACAUUUCCUUCUACCGUUGUCUCAGAUCUAUGCAUGCGAGAGAUUACUGUGCUUUCUUAGUACAGCCUAAGGAUAUCGCACAAGAAAGUCGCAAAACACAAGAAUGGCCAAGAUGGAUAUUAGCUGGAAUAGUUUCCUUGAGCCAAAUCAGAUACCCUGUAAGUAAUCACAAGUGGAAGAAGAAGAUGGAGAAGCAUAAGGAAGUGAAAAAGCCUGAUGUCUCUCCCGUCAAAACCAUUAACUCUGCUAGUGUCAAAACCAUGAUCCGAGAAGAUCUCUUCUAUCCUAUCCCACCUGUCUCAGGGCCUAGGAUCGGCGUCUUCUGGGACGUCAAUGAUUCCCCAUUCCCUGGUGAUCUUGAUCCUAACAGUAUCUAUCAGAGAAUCGACUUGGCUCUAGAGAAAAAAGGUUAUGAUGGUGUGAUGUCAAUAUGGGCUUAUUAUACUGAGCAGGAACCGAUCCCAGGUUUCUUGCUGGAUAAGUAUCAGAGUGCCGGAAUCAAUAUCGUUCCCAAAGCUCCUGCGAAUAAAACUGAGAGGGUUGAUAGGAUGAUACAUGACAUGUUAUUUUGGGAAAUGGAUACUCCUCUGAACGUCUAUGUUACACCACCAAGUCUGAUUGUCAUCUCAAAUGACUUUCCAGGAGAAGGAGAAGGAGACAUCAACCUCACCUUUGUUCUUUCCUGUAUGAAUGGGAGAGGUUACAAUGUUUUAUUAGUAGAGCCUAAAAGGCUCGCAUUAGAUAAUCCCGAAAGCUCGGCAUUAUGGCCAGGAUGCCUAUUAGAUGUAGGUCAGACUCUCGGCAUAUGUUCAUGGCCCACUUCCAGUGGUCAGAACUCAGAAGCGGAGGAAGAAGAAACAUGUGGAGGAAUCACCCUAAGCAGAAGAGCAGAGCUGAUAUACUGAUACUGAUUUCACAGAGAUGAGCAUAUCAAAAUUAACUUGUUAUUUAUUCUGUUUUCAACUAUUUUAUCCCACACCGUACGUUGCUUUUGUUUCGAAAGUAUUUAACUAAGUUGUUGUUAUUUAUUCUGUUUUCAACUAUUUUAUCCCAUCAUGCAUUUUUGUUUCGAAAGUAAUUUCAUUGAUGAAUAGAAUCUUUCUUUCAAUGCUUUAUGAUUUAAUUUA